CUGUGUUCCUGACAAACUUGAUUCAGCAAGAAGCUGUGUUAAGGAAUCUCACGUGGCCGAAAUACAAGUGUCCUGCUAAUCUGGCAUGCCCCCAGUGUUGCCUGGGAAGAGACCACAUCAGCAAUUGUGCGCAGAGAGUAAUUUAAGGCAAUGAUAGUUGCAUUCCAAAAGCCCACUGCUGUCGAGUUGAUUCCAAGUCAUAGAGGCCCUAUAGGGCGGAGUAGAACUGCCCCAUAGAGUUUCCAAGGCUGUAAACCUGUACUGGAGCAGGCCAGACUACCACAUCUUUCUCUCUCAGGAGUGGCUGGUGGGUUUGAACUGCAGUCCUUUUGGUUAGCAGCUGAGUGCUUUAACCACUGCGCCAGCAGGGCUUCUUAAUAGUUGCAUUAGGGAGCCCUUAGACAAGGUGGCCUGCAUGCCUGCCAUUACCUGACUGAGUCUCAAUUACUCUCGUUAGCAUGAGUGGGAUGAUGGAGCAGAACCUGAGAGCGUGUAUGCUAUUUCCUGCCUUAGCUGGCCUUGUCCUGGGCUCCGAGCAUGAGACUCGUCUGGUGGCAAAGCUAUUUGAAAAUUAUAACAGCGUGGUGCGGCCCGUGGAAGACCACCGCCAGGCCGUGGAGGUCACCGUGGGCCUGCAGCUGAUUCAGCUUAUCAACGUGGAUGAAGUAAAUCAGAUCGUGACAACCAAUGUUCGUCUGAAACAGCAAUGGGUGGAUUACAACCUAAAAUGGAAUCCAGAAGACUAUGGCGGUGUGAAAAAAAUCCACGUUCCCUCCGAAAAGAUCUGGCGUCCAGACUUCGUUCUCUAUAACAAUGCAGAUGGUGACUUUGCCAUUGUCAAGUUUACCAAAGUGCUCUUGGACUACACUGGCCACAUCACCUGGACGCCUCCAGCCAUCUUCAAAAGCUACUGUGAGAUCAUUGUCACCCACUUUCCCUUUGACGAACAGAACUGCAGCAUGAAGCUGGGCACCUGGACCCACGAUGGCUCUGUAGUGGUCAUCAACGCGGAAAGCGACCAGCCUGACCUGAGCAACUUCAUGGAGAGCGGGGAGUGGGUGAUCAAGGAGUCCCGGGGCUGGAAGCACUGGGUGUUCUAUGCCUGCUGCCCCGCCACCCCCUACCUAGACAUCACCUACCACUUCGUCAUGCAGCGCCUGCCUCUCUAUUUCAUCAUCAACGUCAUCAUUCCCUGCCUGCUCUUCUCCUUCCUAACCGGCCUGGUGUUCUACCUGCCCACAGACUCAGGAGAGAAGAUGACUCUGAGCAUCUCUGUCUUGCUGUCCUUGACCGUGUUCCUUCUGGUCAUCGUGGAACUGAUCCCAUCCACCUCCAGUGCUGUGCCCCUAAUCGGGAAAUACAUGCUGUUCACCAUGGUAUUUGUCAUCACGUCCAUCAUCAUCACUGUGAUCGUCAUCAACACUCACCACCGCUCACCCAGCACACAUGUCAUGCCUGAGUGGGUGCGGAAGGUUUUUAUCGACACUAUUCCAAAUAUCAUGUUUUUCUCCACAAUGAAAAGGCCAUCCAGAGAAAAAAGAGACAAAAAGAUUUUUACAGAAGACAUUGAUAUUUCUGACAUUUCUGGGAAGCCAGGGCCCCCUCCCAUGGGCUUCCAUUCUCCCCUGAUCAAACACCCGGAGGUGAAGAGUGCCAUUGAGGGCGUCAAGUACAUUGCAGAGACCAUGAAGGCAGACCAGGAGUCCAACAAUGCGGCCGAAGAAUGGAAGUAUGUUGCAAUGGUGAUGGACCACCUCCUUCUUGGGGUCUUCAUGCUGGUCUGUAUUAUUGGAACGCUGGCUGUGUUUGCGGGUCGACUCAUUGAAUUAAAUCAGCAAGGAUGAGCAGAAAGCUGAGCUGGGCCUAGCUCUGCCCCAGGAUGAGCCAGAGCAGAAGAGAGGAGGGGAAGAGAGGAAGAGUUAUCUACUUUGAGAUGCUAUCAUUUAUCAACCAUUUAAUUUUCUGUAUUUAUUAUUAUGAUAAUGUUUAUGUUGACAUAAGGCAAUGGCCUCAAGGUAUUUUCAUGUUGCUUCUCCCUUUCAUCCUGUGUGCCUACCUGGAGAGUGAGCCCUUGGCAGUAAAUGAAACUGUUGAUUUUCAAUGUCAUCUGGAAGAUUUCUGCCCAGGUUGGUUCUACAUUUGUUUAUAUUUUAGGCAAAGAGUGUAUCCUUUGCUUUGUCAGGGAGCCGGUUUCAUACCUACUAGAAAAAUUCCAUCUACCAGUACCAAAUAGAUAAAGCAAUUGGUUUAGAAUGGUAGAAGGCAGUAGAAAGGAAACAAUAAAUUCCAGAAUGGCUACCAAAAUGCAAACUGCAUCAAAAACCCAUGUUUUAAAGUACCUCUAGAACUGGGUGAGGGAAGGGUUUCCCAGUCUAGCCACAGCACCUGGGUUUGACACCCAGGGUCUGAGGGAAAACAGGUCCUAACAUGUACUGAGUGUGAGGUCCGGGCACUGGACCUCAUAAUGUCCCUAUUUUGCAAAUGAGAAAACUGAAUCUCAGGGAGGUUACAUUCAUUGCCUAAAGGAGGAAGUAGAAAAACUGAGAUUAAACCCUGACCUUGGGAUUCCAAAGCAGGUGUGGGUUGCAUCAUAUAUCUGCUUGCCAGCCUCACCUGGCUAGAGGUAUGGCUAUUCUGUAACUCUGGUCCAUGUUUUCUAGAGCUUCUGCCUUAGUGUUAGCCAUCUUUCUGCUUUCCCAGUUCAACUUUGUUUUUUUUUCCAGUCCUUAACCCAAUCAUGUUUGGGGUUAUAGUACCAUAACAAAAACCGUAAAUGUAUGCUCCUAUCAUGACCAUUACUAAAAUUCCGGAGAAGUGGAGAGAAAAUAAUUUCUUUUCUCCAUAGUCACCUUCAAGCCAUUUCUACAAUUGUAGUUCACCCCUGAACUAAAAGCUGGGCACCUCUGGACUUUGGGUCACCGGGACACAUCUGACCCAAGUCAGUACCAGUAAGAAGUGGUGGCUUGCGCUGUAGGUAGACUGUCUGACCCAGUGGCUCCCAUCUACUUCUCCAUGGGAUUCCCCAUCACACACCGUGGCAGGGCUGAGGGACUUCAUUCAAAGGACAGGCAGCGCCUGGGUUAUGAACAGGAUCCAUUCCUAAGUGUGCCUUUAAGCUGAAUUUGUAGGUAAGUCAGAAUAGGUGCAUAUGGUUCUUUCUUAGCCUUACUUUAGUGUAAGAAAAGGCUCAAAGCCUUGUCAAUGAUGUAAAAGCUGCACCUGCAGCAAGUGAAGGCGAUUGUGAUGAAGAAUUUGUUGCCGGUGGGGGCUGGUUCAAUCGUUUCAAAGUGAGGGCAAAUUUACAUAACAUUAAAGUAUAAGUACAAGUUGUCCAUAAGUCGAAUGUUUGUAACCCGAGGACUUACUGCAAACUAAAGGCCUCAGUACCUCAAUUUCCUGCUUGCCUAAUCCAUCAUUGUCUCCCAGGACUGACUACAGAUUCAAAGACGGGGCUUAAAAAUUACUUCACCCGUCAGCAAAGGAGAAUGAAGAACACCAGAGACACAAGGAAAACAUAAGCCCAAGAGACAGAAAGGGCCACAUAAACAAGAGACUCCAUCAGCCUGAGACGGGAAGAACUGGAUGGUACCUGGCUACCACCAAUGACCGCCCUGACAGGGAACACAACAGAGAUUCCCAGAUGGAGCAGGAGAAAAGUGGGGUGCACAACUCAAAUUCUAGUAAAAAGACCAGACUUAGAGACUGAGACUGGAGGGACCCCAAAGGUCAUGGCCCCCGGACUCUCUGUUAGCCCAAAACUAAAACCAUUCCCGAAGCCAACUCUUCAGACAAAGAUUAGACUGGACUAUAAGACAUGAAAUGAUACUGGUGAGGAGUGUGCUUCUUAGCUCAAGCAGACACACAAGACUAAAUGGGCAGCUACAGUCCAGAGAUGAGAUGAGAAGGCAGAGGGGGACAGUAGUUGAUUGAAUGGACACGGGAAAUACAGGGUGGAGAGAAGGAGUGUGCUGUCACAUUAUAGAGAGAGCAACUAGGGUCACGGUCACAUAACAAUAUGUGUGUAAGUUUUUGAAUGAGAAACUGACUUGAAUUGUAAACUUUCAUUUAAAGCACGAUUAAAAAAAAAAAUUACUUCACCCAUCCCCAUUUGGUGGGUAAAGAAACUAAGGGUCAGAAAAGUGGCCUCCUUUGGAUCACAGAGCUACUUAGUGACAAGCCAGGUCUCCAACUCCUGGUGUUGCGCUGUGUCCAUGACAUCAAAUAACCUGUUUCUCCCCCAAAAAGUGAAUCCCUCUGUGUUCGUUUUCUAAGACUGCUGUAACAAAAUGCUACAAAGUGGGUUGCUUAUAAAACAGGGAUUUGUUGUCUCACAGUUUGGAAAUGAAGUCAGCAGGGCCAUGAUGUCUCUUUCAGCUCUAGAGGCAGAUCGUUCCUUGUCUCCUCCAGCUUCUGGUAACCCCAGCCGUUUCAUAGUGUUUUUGGCUUAUAGGCACAUCUUCACGUGGCUGUCUCCUCCCUGUGUGUCUCUCUGUAUCUGUUCUCUUUUAUAAAGACAGCACUCAGAUUGGAUUAGGAGCCGCCCUACUUCAGUACAGCCUCAUGUAAUCUUUACUUAUAAUAGCCUCAAAGACCCUAUUUCCAAGAAAGGUCACCUUCACAGGCACUAGGUGUUAGAACUUCAACAUAACUUUUGGGGGGACCCCAUUCAAUCCAUAACAUCCUCCAAUAUGUUUCCUAUUCACGCUCUGUUCCUUGGAGCCAGCAAGGUUGGUCCUAAGUAGAGACAGCAAUGUUACUAUUUGUCGCUCCAAUGGACCCAAGUAUCUGUUCCACCAAUCUGUCACCAAGUCAAAGAUUUUUAUCUUUGGGAUCUCUUCCCUUAAUUGGAGAUAUGCUUUCCAGAAAGCCACUGGUGAAAUGGGAGAGGAGAUAGGGGUACUGGCACCCAUCUCCCCAGCUAGAGGUGUUUGUUAAGGGCCCAGCCCAGGAAGGAUGUGCCACGUGUGGCUUUAUAAGUGAGUUUGUCCUGACAUCAGGGAAACAAGGAGCACCCUGAGGAGCUAGAACACAAGACAGGUCAGCUUGGGUGAG